CAUUUUGGUGUCUGGCGAGCUCUGGGAAAGAAUUCUGGGAAGGGAAAAAUGGUGGGCUUGGGGGGAAGGAGGGAAAAGGAGAACAGGAGGGAAGGGCUCGAAUUGGAGGCCCGCUAGAGGGCGCACGACUCUCGUAAGGGGGAAAAAAAUUUUAAACCUUUGCUAUCAGGGCUCUGAAUCCUACUGGUUAGUGCACCAAAGCAUUUAGUCUCUCCUUGCCUUUGUCUUACUUGUGUUCAAAGAAAAACAACCAGGAAAAAAUCUCAUCAUGGCAAAUAUCCACCAGGAAAACGAAGAAAUGGAGCAGCACAUGCAGAAUGGAGAGGAAGACCGCCGUUUGGGAGGGGUCGAAGGCCACCAGCCAGCAGGAAAUAAUAGACGGGGACAGGCUCGCCGACUUGCCCCUAACUUCCGAUGGGCCAUACCCAAUAGGCAGGUCAAUGAUGGGAUGGGUGGAGAUGGAGAUGAUAUGGAAAUGUUCAUGGAGGAGAUGAGAGAAAUCAGGAGAAAACUUAGGGAGCUGCAGUUGAGGAAUUGUCUGCGUAUCCUUAUGGAGGAGCUCUCUAAUCACCAUGACCAUCACGAUGAAUUUUGCCUUAUGCCUUAACUCCUGCCAUUUUCUGUGAGAAUAAUACUGUGAUUCCCACUGUUGUUUUCUUAUUUCUUACAUUUCCUGAUACUGCCUUUACUGAUCUGUUUGCUGUGAACCUUAUGUUCAUGUGUCAGGUGGGUUCUGUAUUACCAGCUUCUAAUCUGAGAUUGCCUUGACACCCAGUCUUAAGUUUCUGUCAACAGUAGUUUCACCCAUUUGCAUGGAAAAAAUGUAAAGUUAAUAAAGCAAUUGAAAAGCAAUUUA